AUGUCGAAGCCUACAAUGACGGAUCACGAAUGCAUGAAAUUCUAUGCGGUCCUAGGACUACCUGCCGACGCAACUCUGGACGAUCUCGACGAGCGGUAUCUCCAACUGACUUCACAUUGGAGCUCGCCGAAUGCUGCAAAGUCGAAAGAUGAGGGUGUGAAAAAGCAGAAAUUGGUUGACGAAGCAUAUCACCUCCUUCUGCCUAGAUUCAUCGACAUGCGGAAGGAGAUUCCUGGUCAGGUCAAAGAAGAGUAUACCAUCCGACAAGUCAUGAAUGGCCAGGACCGCAUCCAGUUACCGAGCACGGAUGAAAAUGAUCUUUGGCUCCCACCACCGAGCAGUCGCUCCUCUUCCGAAGGAUCAGCACCACCAGGCUCAGACGGUGCCGACAGCGAUCCCGGCAGUCCACCUUCGUUUUGCAUAUACGAGGUCAAAGGCGACAUUCUCGACGCUCCAGACAGAGCAGUGGUCGUCCACUCGGUGAAUUGUCAAGGUGUUUGGGGAUAUGGGUUUGCAGCCGGACUGAAGAAGGCAUUUCCACAAGCUUACAAGGUGUACCGAUCCCAUUGCCUACAAGCGCGAAAUCCUUAUGAUCUGAUCGGAACGUGUCUUCUGAUCCCGCCACAGCCCGUGGACUAUUCGCAAAAGAUGCGACGCAUCCUAGAUAAGUCGGAUUCAACAAGUACUCUCACCCCGAAGGCCACGGUGUUUGAAAGACGUCGCUGGAUUGCAUGCUUGUUCACGAGCGUCGGUUAUGGCAAACCCAACAUGGCCGCCAACAAUCCUGGCAGAGAUUCGACAGAGCGUAUCCUGAAGAGUACUGGUCAUGCGCUGGAAGAUUUGAGGACCCAGCUAGAAGAUUUUGGGCCUUCCAGAUUCGAUCAAUGGACAAGUUGGGAAAUGGACGACGACAAGCCGGGAGAGGUUUGGAGCGUUAAGUUCAACAGCGGCGCGUUCGGGGUCAGAUGGGAAGAAACGCUUGAAGUCCUACAAGCAGAGUUCUGCAAUUUCGAGAGACCCUGGUUUGUGGUGGAGAAACCUGAGGUCACCGAAACUGAAGGAAUCAGCGGUAUUGAGGAAGAUGAGUCCGAGCCAAGUCGCGGAACCGACCGCCCCAGGCUUCGACUAUCACUCAAAGUCGAUGGUCGAAUUAGGCUACCGUCUACACCGGCAAAUGGGGCUGCAGAGGAGUAG